UUAAUAAGACAUCCCAGCUCUUACAGAGACUGCUUCAAUUAAUAAGAGACAGCCCAACUCCCUUACAGAGACUGCUUCAAUUAAUAAGAGACAGCCCAGCUCCCUUAGAGACUGCUUCAAGUAAUAAGAGACAGCCCAGCUCCCUUGCAGAGACUGCUUCAAGUAAUAAGAGACAGCCCAGCUCCCUUGCAGAGACUGCUUCAAGUAAUAAGAGACAGCCCAGCUCCCUUACAGAGACUGCUUCAAGUAAUAAGAGACAGCCCAGCUCCCUUACAGAGACUGCUUCAAGUAAUAAGAGACAGCCCAGCUCCCUUACAGAGACUGCUUCAAGUAAUAAGAGACAGCCCAGCUCCCUUACAGAGACUGCUUCAAGUAAUAAGAGACUGCCCAGCUCCCUCACAGAGACUGCUUCCUGCAGUGAUAUAGUCCAGCUUACUCAUAGAUUGGUUCCUGCAAUGAGAGUUCCUCAAUGCAGUGAGACGCUUCAGUUCACUCAUAUAUACUGCUUGCUGCAAUAAUACAGUCCACUUCACAUUUAGAGACUGCUUUCUAAAUUACAGACCUGCCCAGUUACAAAGUCUGCUUGUUGGAGAGAGACUGAUCCGCGCACAGAUAAAACCUGGAGUGAGACAGUCCUGCUCACUGAUAGACUUGCCUGUUAGUGAGGCAGCGUGCUACCAGAAAUUUAGAGACAGGCUGUCAGACAGAAGCUGUCUGAUGACUUUAGUAUUUGCCACCAAGCUGCUAUAUACUCCCCCUUGCAGCACACUUUACAUUCUGGCACAAAACUGACCAAGUGAAAUCAGCAUUGCACUAAUACUGAAUGAUACUGCUGAAGACCGUAUGCUGGUGAGACAUUCUGUGAUUCAAAUGUUGCAAGUGUGACCACACAUUGUGAAUUACCAGCAGAUUGACUAUUUUCUGUUUGAAAAGACUGCAAAUGUAAGGAUGAUGGUGCAAAAACUACAUGAGUUAUAGCCCAGGGGGUAGAAAGACUUGUCCAGGCCGGACAAAACGGCAUUGCGAUAAUUUUUCUUUUUUUUUUUCUUUUUUAAAAAGAUCACCAUUUUGUACAAAACAUCAUAGAAUACAUGGAUACAAUAAUGGACAUAUCUUUUGGAAAGUUUGAAUGGCGACAAUAAAAUACUUCUGAUCAUACAGUGAGCAUACAUGGGGUUUGAAAGGGCCAUGAAGUGAGAUAUGACCACUUACUGGGUUUUCCAAAGCAUUGUAUUUUCAGAACCGUGUAAGUCAAUACCCAGUUGUUAAAUAUCCUGUGUGUUCCAGCACCUGUCAUGCACUGAGUCAUUGAAGCUGCAAGUUCUCUUAUUCUGUAUGAAUUAAAAUGGCAUCAGUAGCUGGAUAAGUUUUAUUGCUAUGGAAAUGCCUGGGACUUUAGAGAACGCAGAAUUGCCCCUCGAGGGGCCACCCCACAGGGCAGAAUAUGCAGAUGAGGAGAAUGAAGUCACAUCAUGCCCUACAAACGAGACCACAGGAGAUGAAAUGUGUUGCAAUCCUCACAUAAAACCAGAUGGCGAUACAGAAUCUGAUAUGGUACUCCCUGACGGGAAGAGACCCCUGGAAAUUACAGAUGUAGUGCUGGAAACCAGCUCAGUGGCUGAACUGAAAGUUGAUGGGAAUAUAGACUCUCCGUCUACUGUGGAUGGUAGCAAGAAACAACAGUCUUCCACUUUCCAAACUUCAAUUUGUUCGAAUUUGGAAAUUCCACCUGAUGACAGGACCCAUCUGGUUUCUCAAACUAAAGCAAUGGGACAUGGUGAUGGAGGGGAGGGGAUUGAAAUGUGCACGUUAUCCACUGGAAAAGUAGACCAAGGAAAGAAUGGGAAUGGGGCUAAGGAUGGAAGUGCACCAGAAGAAGAGAAUGGGCGUAGUAAACAGGGGCCCAAAAGGGUUACCUUUCCAUCUGAUGAUGAUAUUGUUUCGGGAGCCCUAGAACCAAAAGACCCCUGGAGGCAUGCUCAGAACGUAACCGUGGAUGAUGUCAUCACGUCGUACACUCAAGCCUGCCAGAAACUCAACUGCAAACAGAUUCCCAAGCUUAUUCGACAACUUCAGGGUAUGACUGAUCUUUCGGGGAGAGUGGAAAGUCUUGAUCUGAAAGGUGAACGCUUAGACCACAAGGCCUGUGAGGCUUUGGAGGAAAUAUUCAAGAGGGUCCAGUUUAAAAUGGUGGAUCUUGAGCAGACCAACCUGGAUGAAGAUGGAGCCUCCGCAUUGUUUGAUAUGAUUGAGUACUAUGAGUCGGCAACACACCUCAACAUUUCCUUUAACAAGCACAUUGGCACCCGUGGUUGGCAGGCGGCUGCUCAUAUGAUGCGUAAGACCAACUGCCUACAGUACCUGGAUGCUCGCAAUACUCCCUUACUGGAUCAUUCAGCUCCAUUUGUGGCCCGUGCACUCCGGAUCAGCAGCAGCUUAACAGUUCUACACCUUGAGAACUCCAGUCUGUCUGGGAGACCCUUGAUGUUAUUAGCUACUGCCCUAAAGAUGAACAUAGUGUUAAAGGAGCUAUACCUCGCGGAUAAUCGUCUCAACAAUCUCCAGGAUUCAGCUCAGUUGGGAAAUGUCCUAAAAUUUAAUAGCUGUAUACAAAUCCUGGACUUGCGGAACAACCAUAUUAUGGACUCUGGUCUGGCGUACAUCUGCGAGGGACUGAAGGAGCAGCGACAAGGCCUGGUCACCCUGGUUCUCUGGAACAACCAGCUGACCCACACUGGCAUGGUGUACAUGAGCAUGUGCCUGCCUCACACUCAAACUUUAGAGACCCUGAAUCUUGGCCACAAUGCAAUUGGUAAUGAAGGCGUACGUCAUCUUAAGAAUGGGUUGAUUGGGAAUCGCAGUGUGCUCCGCCUUGGGUUGGCGUCUGCCAAACUCACCUGUGAAGGGGCAGUAGCUGUUGCAGAGUUCGUAGCCGAGUCUCCCAGACUCCUACGUCUGGACCUUAGAGAGAACGAAAUUAAAACAGGAGGUCUAAUGGCGCUGUCUCUUGCACUCCGUGUCAAUCAGUCUUUACUAAGGUUGGACCUGGACCGCGAACCCAAAAAGGAGACUGUUAAGAGCUUCAUUGAAACACAGAAGGCUCUUUUAACAGAGAUACAAAACGGCUGCCGACGAAACUUUGUGUUGGUGAAGGAAAAGGAGGAGCGUCUCCAACAAUCUGCUUCUAUGGUUGAAAUUGCUUGUCCUGCCUCUGAAGAUCCUGAUACUAACCCUGAGGAUUCCGUCACUGCCGCUGAAGGUUCCGUCACUGUCGCUGAAGAUUCUGUCACUGCCCCCGAGGAUUCUAUCACUGCCAUGGAGGACAGCACAUCAUCUCCUGAGAAGCAAGAAGAUGGAGAGAUUACAACUGCCACAGAUCCUCAGAGGGAUGAGUCAGACUCUGAUACAGAGGAGGAGGAGGACCAGGUGGAAAGGAGGGAAAACAAGCCAACAAGUUCUCAACCCCAAGGCACCCCAGGACAAGUGGCAGUUUCUAGCCCUGGCAGAGGUCACAAGGUGUUCUUGGUGACACGUGUGGAGAAUCCAAAUGCAACUGAAGGGGUUAGGGGAGACAAUGAGGGUCCUGAGACUCGGGGGGUAAGGAUGCUCCCCAAAGGUAUCCGUGCACUCACCAAUGGACUUGAGGCGGAUUUGGUACAGACAACACAUUGCUGUGAUGGCAAGGCUGGGUCUGAUUCCCAUGUGACGCUUAGUGAUACCGAAUUGGAGGCUUUGCUACAGGAUGCUUCUAGGGAACCAGACCCUUCUCUAAACUUUGUAUCACUGUAAGGGUGAAUUCUUCCUGCUCUUUGGAGGGGUGGGGGCUACAUCUUCUAAAUUUCCUGGAUUCUUCUGAAACCCCUUUUUAUCUCGCCUUAAAGAAUGGGACCUUUUAAGGAUCGUAAAACACGGGUUUCCACAACAAGACUUUUCAGGCGAUCCUGAGCCCACCUCCACGUGAUGGCAAUAAAGGCGCAUGGAAUUCCUAUCUACAAUAGGAUUUGCACAAGGUAAAUUAAGAAUCGCAUUAAAGAACUCUUGGGUUCCACUACUUUGGGAUUUCCAGAGAGAUGAUGACAUUUUCCACUGUGCUGAAAGUGACACAAAGCUGGAUCUACCCCUCACACUGGACUGUUACCCGCUUUAGAAGUUUUGUUUUGUUUUUGUUCUGUUCUGGACUUAAGUUGGACCCUUGGACUUUGUCUACACUGCUUAUUGCCACCAUGUUAAAGCUCUAAUUAUCUGCAGUACCUUGUUAUAGGGUUUACGUAAUAUAAUAUAUGCAUCUUAUUUGUAAUGUUCUACCUCUGUAGCAGUGAUAGCUGCCCCAUAGCUCCAAAGCUGUUGUGGAAGUAGGCAUACAAAGCAUCAUGGGAAACAUAGCUUGACAGCUGGAGAGAUACCUGCUGGCUUGCAUUGCUAUAGACGAUAAAUGGGUCUGACCCUAUAGUAUUCACUACACUGCUUGUCCUAUAAAGCAAGUCUGUGUUCUUCCCCAGGGGGUGACAUGGGUUGCUAGAUUUGUCCUACAAAAAUAAAAUACAAAUAUUCACUACAUGCUGUAUGGCCAGAAAAUGCUAGGGUGUUAUAGGGGUUUAUCCAUAUAGGGGCAGAAAAUAUGUAAAACCCCAGCUAUUGGUCUGAAUGACCCAUGGUUUGUGAUUAUGGGGCCAGAUACAAAUGGUAAGACCACCCUCAAUAAUACAGGAUUUCUGGAAGAGCCUAGAACGUAUGUUGGAGGGGUCUCCAACAGUAAGGUGGUCUAUAUUUUUCCAUUAGGGAAGGGAACAUUAUUCUUUAACUACACAUUUCAAGGCAUAGACCGCAUCAGCCCCUCAGAUUGACCAAAAAAUAAAUAAAUCUGAAGACUUUUCUCUGGUGCUCCUAUAUCCACCUGCACUUCUAAUAGGAGUAUGGCUUUCCUUACCCUAUCUGUCAGAAAAUCACUACAUUCAAUGUGCACUUGAUAUGUGUGUAGGUAUUGCGAAGGAAACUUUAUAGAGUUACUAGUUUAGCAGUAAUUCCCAUGUGUCCCCUUCUGCUGAGGGUAUGUAUGGUUGAUCUAAUAUAUAUAUAAUCCCCUGCUUCACCUCCCACAGGUUUUAGGCUUUGGGAUGUGUUUUUCUUCUAUUUAAGAUCAGUAUGGGGCCUGUGGACUCCAGGCCUGACAUAGAAGGUGGCCAUUUUGAAUCAGGUAACACACUGUAAUACUGAGUUGUACUCACACAUAUACAGACAUAAUUAAAAUACAUGCUGCUGCACUUGUUUACUUUAAAAAUCACUAAAAGUGACAUUGAUGACCUUUAAAAUGCUUAACUUUUUUUUUUUAAUUACUAUGUGUGAGCAAGUGUAUAAAGUUUGUAUUGCUUGACACUUUUAAACAGAGCCACCUCCUCUUCUUUGUUAAUGCUACUUGUUAUUUUAAAAAACACGUUUCUCGGCAUAGCGGUGAUCUGUGACAUAAAGCAAUUUACUAACAGAACUGUGGGAAAUUAGGAGCUGUGCAUCCUGGGAACAGGCGAGGCAGCUGCAUCAUAUGGCAUAUGCAGUGUUUAUUAGCCUCUCCUUAUCCACUUUGUUAAAUGAACUGGCAAAAGGGCCAUUUAUGCCGUAACCAGGGUCAAUUUUAAGGGCAAACAGGAGGAGGAGUCUGUCAUAAAGGGUUAAUUUUGUAUAAUGUAUACAUUUGCUGGCACAAUGUAUUUUUAAACAAAUUAGGUGUGUAAUUAAUUUACCCUAAUGUCAAUUUUUGUGAUAAAGGUAUUGUUACGGAUUCCCCCGCCCCCUUACUGUUCUUUUCAAGCAUGCUAUAUAUUUUUAUCCCAUGAGAAUCAAUUUUAUUUCUUUAAUCUGCUCUUCCAAAAAAAUUUACCUAUCCCGGUUACUUUGUACAGGUUAGAAUGCUAAAUCUGUUCCGAAGAGUGAUUUACAGGUUUUUUUUGUUUUGUUUUUUGUUUUUUUACAAAAUCCGUAACUGACAGUAUAGAAAUUGCAUCUUAACAUGUGUGUUACCAAUUUCUUUUUUUUUUUUUUUUUUUUU